AUGGCCAUCACCAAGUGGACGAAUGUCAUUUGCGAGACGAGAAACAAAUCUUUGGUGAUCGUCGAUCAGUGCCGAUUGCGUGCACUUAGCCGCAACAAGACAAUUUUGAACAUUGGAGUGGAGCUUCUGCAUCCGGUCAGAAAUCUGUAUAUCAACUGGAAGUUGUAUAAACGAGAGAACGGCUAUAAGCCCUGGCUGGGCCAGUAUACGGUUGAUUAUUGCGCCUUUAUGCGCAGAGUCAAUCAUCCUGUUAUCAAGCUCCUAUAUGAUAUCAUCCAGGACUUUACAAACCUCAACCAUACGUGUCCCUUUGUGGGCAAGAUAGUUGUUAAGGAUUUUUUCUGGGAUACCACAAAUUACACAUUGCCUGCGCCAACUGGAGAUUACCUGCUGCUCCUGACUUGGAUAUCCAAUAAGAAGAAGCAGCUCUUAACGAGUAUUUACUUUUCAUUUAAACAGGAUAUAUUCACCGAAUAA